UCGUGUGCCUAAUAACUGUGGGGCUUUCAGCUGGUGAGGCACGUCGCCUUAAGCUUGGUUGCUUGCUUCCUUAAGUUUAAUCAUAUUUUACGUAUAUUUUUUAAAUAUUAUUUUCUGCUGGCUUUCCGCCCUGCCGUCUAUAAAAGUCUCGCUUGGCAAAAAGAAAAACCAAAAAACCAUGCAAUUAAUUUGUCUUAGCUUUUCCUUGCAACCAGCUGCAACAAUCCGUUUUCUGGUCUCGCUCCGGGCUAGCUCUUAACUCAUUCUACAGACUUUACGACUCUAGGCAAAUGGCAAUUGAAAUAAAAGUUGAGAUUUCUCAUUUGCAAGUGUGGGGCUAAAAACCUGAUCCUACGGCUGCAAUUCGCAUUUUUUUUUUUUUUCAAUUAGAUGGAACGGCAAAAGUGUGUUUGUAAUUGAGCAAACGGUUAACUUCAGAUAAUUGACCUUUUUGUUGACCCCACUGAAUUUACCUAACGGAAAAAAUACUCAAAAUGAUUUAAAAAAUAUAUUUCUGCGAACGAUUAACUGUAAUUAUAUUAUACUGCAUUCGCAAAUUACCUAAACGAUGGUCAUAAAAGGGAACAGCUCGUUAAAAACAGUUAACUUUUUUAUAAUUUCAAUAUUUAAAAGAGGCUAUCUUUGAUCAGAUUAUUAAAGAUAUUUGUUAGCGAAUUAAGUCAAGUUUUUUAAAUGUAUAAGGCUGAAGAGAUGGUUUUCUUAAAGUUAUAGAUCUGUAGUUUAAUGCCAAAUUCAGUGUGUACAUAUGUAUUUUACGCGACGAUUAAAACAUGGCCGUUUUUUUUGGAGGCCACUGUAAGCUGAGUUAAUGGAAACAAUUUAAAACGGUAUUAGGAGUCUUAUUGUAUUAUAAUAUUUAGCAUAUACUCUCAGUUAAAUGCAGUCUGAGCUCAAAUCCGCAAUUUGUGGGCAUACAAAAUGUGCAAAAUGUGUGCUGCACAGUGUAUUUGAGUAAAGCGCGACCCGCUUUCAAUGACAAUCGAACUGUUUAAAUAUUGAUCAAUUGAUGACUUUGUCAGCGUUAAGUUCGCAAAGUUCAAAUCUGUUAGCGCGGCUCUUUAAAAUGGGAUUGGCAACUGGUCGCGUGAAGUUGCCUAAUUGAAAGCCGCACUUUUCGACUGCGCGGUGGGUGUGGCACAAGUUUUGGUUAAGUUAAAAGCGCCUUGUUUUUUUUUUUUGCCGACUGCUAAUUGAUAGUUUUGGAUGCUUUAGCGUACCUUGUGUGUUCGUCUUUAAACUGUGUAUCCGUGGCACGUUUGUAUAUCUUGUGUUUGUAUGUCAGAGCCAUAAUUGACACCGCCUGCUAAGCACAUGAAUUAGACCAACAACACUGAAAACAACAACAACAAAACGCUUGAAAAGAGUGUGCAAAAGUGUGUUAAGUACUCGACAGACGGGGGGUUUUGUACACACUGGCAGCACGCCAGCGAGAUGGGAGGCUGGCUCAGCGGACAGCUUAAUAGUCUGGCAAGGCUUUCGAUACAAUGUAAAAUCAAUCGAUAGUCAACAAAUUAACUGUAAGCAGCUGGCAAAGGGCUUGCCAAACGGCAUGUGUCCCGUUGUAAUGCAAAUAGCAUUUUUUUCAAAUAUUUUUUAACGUGCUGUCAAUGUGUACAAGCCCGCCCAGGAAAACAACAACAAACAAUGUUUCACCGUCGGCCUAUGAGCCCGUGCCCGGCUGGGUGGAUAAUCUGAAUGGACCCACUGGCCUGAUGGUGGGCGCUGGCAAGGGCGUCAUUAGAUCCAUGCUCAUCGAUACACGCCACAAAUCCGAGGUCAUACCGGUGGAUUAUGCAAUCAAUGGCCUCUGCGUCAUACCAUAUCAGUUUGCAAUGGAACAGCGACCGGUGGAUGUACCCGUUUAUAAUAUCACGUGCGCCGAUCAUCGCAAGAUGCAAUGGGGCGAGGUGAUUGAGAUGAGCAAAAAGAUUGGCUAUCAGUACCCAAUGGAGGCGGGUCUCUGGUAUCCGGAUGGCUGCAUAACCACCAAUAGAUUCCAUCACAAUAUCAAUGUGCUGCUCUUCCAUUGGCUGCCCGCCUAUGUCAUCGAUUUUAUGCUCUUCAUUUUGGGCCAGAAGCGUUUUAUGAUACGUGUACAGAAUCGCAUCUCUGUCGGAUUGGAGGUGCUGCAGUUCUUCACCAUGCGCGCCUGGUACUUCAAGUCGGAUGCCUAUGCCUCGCUCUGGAGCAUGCUGACAGAAGCGGACAGGAAAAACUUUAACAUGGACAUGGAUCCCGUCGAGACCAUACCCAUGUACAUUGAGUCCUGCGUGCAGGGCGGUCGUCAGUAUCUGAUGAAGGAGUCGCCCGAUUCGCUGCCCCGUGCGCGCCGCCAACUCAUGCUGAUGUAUCUGUUGGAUCGUGCGUGCAAGACGAUUAUCGUUGGUUUCCUGGGUUACUGGAUGUUCGGCUUGGUCUCACGCCUUGUGGGUGUCUGAAGCGGGAGUGGGAUCUCUAGAAAAGAGUGGGAGAGAGAGAUUGGAAGAGAGAAUUGGGAAGCAUAUAGCCAAAACAUUUGCGCGCUUUAUCAAUAUUGCUUAGGAUCGCUUUUUUUAUGGGGUACAAAACGUUUUUUCGCAUAUUUGCUUUUUAGCCUUAAGUCAAGUGAUUCGAUGAAAUGCAAUAAAACGGUUCGAUAACUUAAAAUGUGUACGUGUUCGAGUGUUGAGUAUUAUUGCACAAGUGCUCAAAGGACUACGCCAGAAGCCAAAAAAAAACAAAACAACAAUGCACUCACAAUAAACACACACAAUACAAUACAAAGGAAGACAAUAUCAAAAUCAAGGUUUCAACCGGAUUUCAAUAAGGGUUGAAACUCGAAAAGUUUUACCUAUUCGUAAAUUACAAUGAAUACAUUUAAGACACGCACAACAUUCACAGCAAUUCACUACUUAAACACACCUACUCACACACACAUAAACAAACACACACACACACAUGCACACUUAAUUGGCUUUCGGUUAUCAUCCAGCUACAACAGUCAGCAAAUCAUCCUGGGCUACUUGGUAUGUAGAGUCUCCCAUUUACGCCGAAAGUCUAAUACUCUUCCGUAUCC